GAGCAGCACCGAAUCGGCCGGGAGAGCCGAGGGAGAAUCCGGGUGGAAGCUGAGAAAUCCAGCCCUGAUAGCAGCGCCCGGUCCCGCCCCGGCCCCCGCCCCAGGGCGCUCGCCGCCCGGGCCUUCGGAGCCGCUCUCCGGCCGGCAACCCCGCUCCAUCACGGGAUCGAACCCCGCUCCCACGGCCGCGAUCCGGGGAGGUGCGGCCCUGUUAAGUGAGGAGUGUGGAGCCAUUGAGAGGACGCAGCGAAGUGAAGCGGAGCUGAGUGGCUGCUGCCUGGAGGUCUGCACCGGGAUUCGUAUUCUUGUGGGGAGAUCUUCCUGCACUUCCGCGAUCACUGCCUCUAGGCCUUGGCGCCGGGGGCCCCACCGAGCGAGCGGCAUGCCACACCCCCGGGCCUGCCCAGUGUCCUCCAGCCCGCUGCCCAGCGCCCCCAGGAGGCCCUGAUGCCCUGGGGCACUUCUGCUGUGCACAGGACCACGUGGGGGUUUGCCAUGGUGACAUAACGGGGCGCAGAGGAAGGAAGGAGCGCACCCAGCCUGCGGACUGCGCCCCUGGCUGGGAGGAAGGGCCGGGGCCCAAUCCUCCACUCCUGUGGCCUACUGAGGGCCUCGCUUGCUAAGUCUCUGUGAAUUUGUUGGUCAGUGGACAACUCUGGUGUCUUCUGCUGCGUGGGGCCUUGGGGUGGCCAGGGCAGGCCGGGCCUCCAUUGGCUGAGGUCUCGGGGGCCAGGAUGCUCACCCUGGCGCGCCUCCGCAGGCUGUGUCGGCACGUGUCCCCGCAGGCUGUCCUUUUCCUGCUGUUCCUCUUCUGCUUGUUCAGCGUUUUUGUCUCGGCCUACUACCUAUAUGGCUGGAAGCGGGGCCUGGAGCCCUCGGCGGAUGCCCCCGAGCCUGACUGUGGGGACCCUCCGCCUGUGGCCCCCAGCCGCCUGCUGCCGCUCAAACCUGUGCAGGCGGCCGCCCCCUCCCGCACAGACCCUUUGGUGCUGGUGUUCGUGGAGAGCCUCUACUCACAGCUGGGCCAGGAAGUGGUGGCCAUCCUGGAGUCCAGCCGCUUCAAGUACCGCACAGAGAUCGCACCGGGCAAGGGUGAUAUGCCCACGCUCACCGACAAGGGCCGUGGCCGCUUUGCCCUCAUCAUCUACGAGAACAUCCUCAAGUAUGUCAACCUGGAUGCCUGGAACCGGGAGCUGCUGGACAAGUACUGCGUGGCCUAUGGCGUGGGCAUCAUUGGCUUCUUCAAGGCCAACGAGAACAGCCUGCUGAGUGCGCAGCUCAAAGGCUUCCCCCUGUUCCUGCACUCAAACCUGGGCCUGAAGGACUGCAGCAUCAACCCCAAGUCCCCGCUGCUCUACGUGACGCGGCCCAGCGAGGUGGAGAAGGGCAUGCUGCCCGGCGAGGACUGGACCGUGUUCCAGUCCAAUCACUCCACCUACGAGCCGGUGCUGCUGGCCAAGACGCGCUCGUCCGAGUCCAUCCCGCACCUGGGGGCAGACGCCGGCCUGCACGCCGCGCUGCACGCCACCGUGGUCCAGGACCUGGGCCUCCACGACGGCAUCCAGCGCGUGCUGUUUGGCAACAAUCUCAACUUCUGGCUGCACAAGCUCGUCUUUGUCGACGCCGUGGCCUUUCUCACGGGCAAGCGCCUCUCGCUGCCUUUGGACCGCUACAUCCUGGUGGACAUCGACGACAUCUUUGUGGGCAAGGAGGGCACGCGCAUGAAGGUGGAGGACGUGAAGGCCCUGUUUGAUACGCAGAAUGAGCUACGCACGCACAUCCCAAACUUCACCUUCAACCUGGGCUACUCAGGGAAAUUCUUCCACACAGGUACUGAUGCCGAGGACGCUGGGGAUGACCUGCUGCUGUCGUACGUGAAGGAAUUCUGGUGGUUCCCCCACAUGUGGAGCCACAUGCAGCCCCACCUUUUCCACAACCAGUCCGUGCUGGCAGAGCAGAUGGCCCUGAACAAGAAGUUCGCUGUCAGGGGAAGGAAGGCCCAGGGGGGAAGGAGCCCCAUGCUCACCCUGCCCUGGCCCUCCUCUCCCCAGGAGCACGGCAUUCCCACAGACAUGGGGUAUGCGGUGGCACCCCACCACUCGGGCGUGUACCCCGUGCAUGUGCAGCUCUACGAGGCCUGGAAGCAGGUGUGGAGCAUCCGCGUGACCAGCACAGAGGAAUACCCCCACCUGAAGCCAGCCCGCUACCGCCGUGGCUUCAUCCACAAUGGCAUCAUGGUCCUCCCGCGGCAGACCUGCGGCCUCUUCACACACACCAUCUUCUACAAUGAGUACCCUGGUGGCUCCAGCGAGCUGGACAAGAUCAUCAAUGGGGGCGAGCUCUUCCUCACUGUGCUCCUCAAUCCUAUCAGCAUCUUCAUGACGCACCUGUCCAACUAUGGGAACGACCGCCUGGGCCUGUACACCUUCAAGCACCUGGUGCGCUUCCUGCACUCCUGGACCAACCUCCGGCUGCAGACACUGCCCCCUGUGCAGUUGGCCCAGAAGUACUUCCAGAUCUUCUCUGAGGAGAAGGACCCGCUCUGGCAGGACCCCUGUGAGGACAAACGCCACAAAGACAUCUGGUCCAAGGAGAAGACAUGUGACCGCUUCCCAAAGCUCCUCAUCAUUGGCCCCCAGAAAACAGGCACCACAGCCCUCUACCUGUUCCUGGGCAUGCACCCGGACCUCAGCAGCAACUACCCCAGCUCAGAGACCUUUGAGGAGAUCCAGUUUUUUAACGGCCACAACUAUCACAAAGGCAUCGACUGGUACAUGGAGUUCUUCCCUAUCCCCUCCAACACCACCUCCGACUUCUACUUUGAGAAAAGCGCCAACUACUUUGAUUCAGAAGUGGCCCCCCGCCGGGCAGCCGCCCUGUUGCCCAAGGCCAAGGUCCUGACCAUCCUCAUCAACCCAGCAGACCGGGCCUAUUCCUGGUACCAGCACCAGCGAGCCCACGACGACCCGGUGGCACUGAAGUACACCUUCCAUGAGGUGAUCACGGCUGGGCCCGACGCGUCCUUGAAGCUGCGCGCCCUCCAGAACCGCUGCCUGGUCCCCGGCUGGUACGCCACCCACAUCGAGCGCUGGCUCAGCGCCUUUCACGCCAACCAGAUUCUGGUCCUGGAUGGCAAAUUGCUGCGAACGGAACCUGCCAAAGUGAUGGACACAGUGCAGAAGUUCCUUGGGGUGACCAACACCAUCGACUACCACAAAACCUUGGCGUUUGAUCCAAAGAAAGGAUUUUGGUGCCAACUGCUUGAAGGAGGAAAAACCAAGUGUCUGGGCAAAAGCAAGGGCCGGAAAUACCCAGAGAUGGACUUGGAUUCCCGCACCUUCCUGAAGGACUAUUACCGGGACCACAACAUCGAGCUUUCCAAACUGCUGUACAAGAUGGGCCAGACACUGCCCACCUGGCUGCGGGAGGACCUCCAGAACACCAGGUAGCCGUGGCCACCACAGCUGGACUGAACGUUUGUGACGGCAGGGACAUCCCGCCACAUGCUGAGCCAGACUGACCUGCAGAGUGGGGAGCUGGGCCCCGGGCUGGCCAAGCACUUAUGAGCAAUACUCUGCUGAGGCCCAGGCAGGGCCGGGAGAAGAGCCCAGGCAGGUCUACAAGCGCCUCAGAGCAUCCAGUGCUGGGUCUGUGGCCUAUAGGACCUCCCUAGCCACCGGAGGUCCUUUCCGUUCAUAGCCUUUCAUGGGGAGGCCGCUUCCUAUUGGUGGAAGGCGACUUCCUGAUAGGAGGGAGUCCCUGAGACUCUCUGUUCUGUUCCUCACUGUGUUCUACCUACCAUACCCUCUCCUCCAUCACGUCACCCCGUGUCCUAGCAGGGUGUCCCCUCAGUAUUAGCUGCCACAUCUUCCCUGUCCUCCAGACAAAAGGGAGCAGAGCCCAGCCGGGCCUUUUGCCAAACCAGGGAGAGAGACUGGAUGUUUCCCUGACUGUUUCGAGCUGGGCCCUUCAGAGAGUUCAGCUGGAUGUGAGGGUGGCCACCUCAAGAGAAAUCUGAACGUCCACACACAUCCUGGUUAAUACGUUCACACCUCACCUUCCCUUUUUGGGGAAAGAAUUGCUGGUUUCCACAGUAUCCACCCAGUCCUCAAGGCCUCUUUCAGGGCCCUGGGGCACUGCCAUGCCAUUUGGACCCAGAGACCCAGGCCUCCAUCCUACCCACUUUCUUCACCCUGGGAUAUGACAUGUGUGGUGUUUCCUGUGGUAAAAGACUGAGGCGUUCAGGAGUCUGCCAGUAUACAUGUUCCAAUGUACAUAUGUUUUCCCCUGCCCACCCAGCCUUGGCCCCUGGCAGACACUGGGCAGAGUCAGUUUGACUGCCAUCCAUGGCUUUGCCCCAGCUACCUGUGGCCGAGGGUUCCUAGAGACCCCCUUAACCUCCCAAAUACUAAGAAGCUAAAGUAUUUUAAUAUUUUUUUUUUCUUGGUGCCAGAGUUUAUACCCUGGGUUCUGGGGUCACACUGUGUUAUAUAUAUAUAUAUAUAUAUAUAUAUAAUGUGUAUAUAUAUAUUAUAUUUUUUUUUGGUUGGGUUUGUUUUUAAUUCAGUUGUACAAAAUGGUGGCAAGCCCCAGUCCCAAAGGGUGUCAUAUGUCAGUGCUAGAGAAUGAAAUGGAAGAGGGUGGGGGGAGGGCAUGUCUUCAUGUGUCGGGGCCUCAAGGAGACAGUCUGGAGGUGCCCUUGGAGAGGUCUCUGUUCCCUCUCCCAAGUGCCAUGGCUGUCCUGGGGGCUACCCCAGGUGAACAGAGGUGGUGAGAUGCACAAGGAAGACCUACUCUCUCCAGGAAAUCUGGCUUCAUGAAGUGCAGUGACCCUGGAGGAAGUUUGGCCAAAGGAAACAGCUGGGCUGGGGUAGGAGACCUGGGGCCGAAGGCUGGCCUAUUCCCCUCGCCCUCACAUGGUGCUAGGUUGGGAGCUGCCCUGGGAGCAGGGAUGCCCACCGUGACCCACGGAACUGUCUCCAGGGCCCCCCUGCAGACAACAGGAUCUCUGGGCUAUUUUCUGGUUGGGGUCUGCUCCUAGCCCCCUUCUUUUAACAAUGUGAAGUGACUACGGCUGGGUGCCUCUCCCCAGCCCCUCCCACUGCCAGUUCAACUUUGAACUGACACCCAGGAAAUCCUUUCUGGAGAGCCUUGUCUUGUUCAGAAGACUAGCGUCUUGGGGCUGGAAGGGUCUUUUGACAGGUAUGGAAACAGGUCCAGAAAGGGGAGGUGGCCUCCUUGGCUAUGUCACAGAGCUGGUGGGGAGCAGGACCAAGAACUGAACUUGAGGCUCCGAUUCUGAGUCCAGUGCUCUUCUUCCAAUGCCACACUGCCUCUGAGCCCAUCCUUGGAACCCUACUCUGUGCCAGGUUCCUCUCCCUCCCUCAGUCACACCCUUGCUCAUUCCAGGAUAUGGGGACAAACCACUCCUUCCCUGCCAGGGUGCCUUGGAGCCUUCUCAGUUCCAGAUGUGCAUUUGCAUCCCUGUCUUGCUCUCCCCACCUUGAAAGAUCCUUUCCCAGCCUCUGGGGCCUGCGUCUAUUUUAACUCUGAACCGGAUCCCUUUUCUCAAGUUCUCCACUGGGAUGGAGAAGAGAGUUUGGAUGCUCAGCGGGACCAGCUGCGUGUGGUUUCCUUGUCUACCAAGAGAAGUGUUCCUGUCAUGCUUCUCACCGGGGCCUUUGAGCCUGGGAACCCUGGGUAAUGUCGACCCCGCAGGGCAUGAGGAGCAGAGUGUCUGAGGACAGGGUGGCAUGCUUGCUUGUACGCUCAUGAAGACUUGCCCAUGCCUUGGAACCAGACUCCCUGAACCGGGCAGCGACUUCCCUGGUGCGAAUCCCAGGCCUCACUUCCCGUCUGUCAGCAAGGGGCUUGGGCUCCAUGCCCCGUGAGGGGUACAACUCCCACAUUCUCAAAUCGACCCUCUGGGCCUGGAUGCCUGCCCCUGUCUCUCAGAGCUCAGAAUGCCUGGUGGGCAGGCUCCACUUCUCCUGCCUCUGGCCUGAGGAAGGAGCAGGCAGGUUGGAGACCCGGGGCGAGCAGAGGAAAUCUUCGGGAUUCUUGUCCAGGCCCUUCCGGGAGGUUGGGGACUUGACCUGACACAUGUUCUGAGUCUGUCUGGUCACUGCCACUUCUUCCCUUCCCACUAAGGAAUCUUUCUCGAGGACCCACUGCCAGGACCUGCAGGUACUGGGGAGAGAGGAGAUGAGUCCUUCCAGGGCCUCUUAGCCACCGAGCACCCAGAUUGCCCUCACGAGAGGAGAGAGCCAGAGGUCAGUGGAUAUGGCAGCAGCAGUGUCUGCAGUGUUCACUAAUUCACUGUAGGCGUUUGGCCAAAAGAAAGAAAAGGAGAAAAAUAGCUUAAUUUAUGUACAUGACUCCUCCUUCUGUUCUGCCAUCCCCUCCACGAGCCUUUGCCCCAGGGUGGGUGCAGGUGGGAUGUGUCAUCCACUGCUGCCUCAGUCACUCUGGAUUCUAGAGCCACCCAUGGUGCCAGCAUCUUGUGCUUGGAGGACAAGUCUGAAGUUUAAAAGGUGCCUCUUUUGAGCCCCUAAGGAGGAGCAGCCAGUGUGUCUGAGGCUCAGCUGAGAGAGCAGAGGUCGGUUCCCAGGAGAGGAGAACUGCUGGGCUGACCCACAGAGAUUGGGGCUCCCAGCGUGGAGCGGUCCUGGUGAUCUGUUAGUGGAAAGAGCAAGUAAAAAAAAAGUUUUACAACAUAUUUUAUUAUGAAUGCCCACUACCCACCAUGUAGAUUUAAAAUUAACAUUUUGCCACGUUUGUUUUACCUUUCUCUCUCUCUCUCCCCAUGUAUAUUUUUUCUGAACUAGUUUAAAAGUAAGUUGCAAAUAGCUUGAGAUUUCACUCCAAGAAAUGAAGGCAGCUUACUUCAGCCUGCACCUCCCAAGACAGGACUUUCUCCUACAUGUUGGCUCCUGUCACACCCAAGACAACAGUGAUUUCCUAACAACGUCUGCUGCUCAGUUCAUGUUCACAUUUCCCCAAGGUGGCUUAUACCUGGCUUUGGAAUCAGGAUCCAGUUAAGGUGCACAUAUUGCAUCUUGUAGCUGUGUUUUAAAAAUUUCUUUGAAUGCUGAAAAGUUCUCUCUGCUCACUCUGAUUUCCUAAGUGACAUUAUUUCUGAGGCCACAGGCCUGCUGUCUUGCAGAAGUCCCACAUUCUGGAGUGUCUGAUGGUUUCUUCGUGGUCUCAUAGAGCAAGUUCCUCUAGCACCUGUAUCGUCAAGGGUAAUUUAGGUGAUAUGAAUUUUUGCCUUUUGUGCUGAGUUGACAUCUUCAUUCCAGCCUAAGAUGUCCCUCUAAUGUCACCUGUACCAGGUGCCACAUCAGCAGAGGGUCUGCCAGAGCUCCAGGAGCUCAGGGGAGGCAAGGGAGGCAGCAUCACAGCUGGACCCGGGAGGAAGGGCCAGGGGCCCUCUAGAAGGAAGAGGCUGCAUGCUCGGAGGCUGGACCAGGCAGUGUUGGACCUGUUGGGCAUGAGACAUCUCUGGCUCAGAGGAGCUUGUGCUGCCCGCUUUGAUUCUGGUAAUGGACCACAGGACACCAAACAGCAUCUCUCUCUUUUUCUCUCUCUGUUUUGUGGUCUCCGGGUUUUUACGUCCUGGGGGCCUGUGGUCUCUGUGCACUGGAGCAGAGCCAGGCCCCUGGGAUGCACCAGGGAAGGGCCCAGCUGGGGAGCUGCCUCCCCCAAGCUGUGGUGUGAGGAGAAGAGCACUGGGCUGGAGGCAGGAGAUGUGAAAUUUCAUCCCAACUGGGUACAUUUAGUAGCUGCGUGAGUUUUUCUCCCAGGG